CAAAUUAAUAACGAAUCACAAUCAGUGACAAUCAACAGUUUUAAUAAACCAACUCUCUAGUUACAUUCAAGCAAUAAUCUUGAACUAAAAUCCAUCAGCAAUGGGGAAAAAAGCCUUGCUAAUUGUUACACUCUACUCAUUGUUAAUUUUAAUUGUUUCACAAGAAAUUAACAUUAAAAGCUUAUUCAUCGGUACUUGUGAUCAUAUUUUGGAAGCAAUUAAAUCAGGAAAAUACUCUGAAAACCAGAAAAUAGUAAAUGAUUGUCUGAAGGAACCAAAAUGUAAACAAUUUGCUGAUCCGGUUGAUAAAUGUUAUGAAAUUUUACCAAUGAGAACACCAGAGGAAAUCAAUUCAACUUGUUCAAAUAUUGAUGGUAACUUAAUUGCUUUUGGACAGGUAAAAAGUUGUAUGGAAAAUUUAACUUCAACCAUGGAUCUAAAUAGUUUCCAGAAAUGCUGUGAAAACUAUUUGACUCGGACAAAGGUUAAUCAAACAGUCUGAUUCACUAAUUAGUAUUAUUCAACCACUGGAACAAUCAACUGGAUUAUGAUUAAUUCACGAAUUAUUAUUGUAUCAAUAAUCACCUUAAUUUUAACUAAAUAAAUGACCAAUCAAUUGCACAAUUUAAA